AUGCCCACCGUCGCAGUCUUAUUCCAAGCAAUUGACCCCCUAUCAUACAUGGAGUCCGCAAACCACGCAAGCCAGGUGGCUGGUGUUUUCCAGACUCAGAAGAAGGGAUCCUCGCCGCAGUAA